AUGGUCAAUUGGUCGGACCCUACCGAGAUCGCGAAAGAUAGCCUUGUCUUCCAACGGCUUAUAUUCGCUAUUUUCGGCGUCUGUCUCUGGGAGCUUUUUACCACUUGCGGUUUCGAGUGGUCGUUGAUUACACGUCGUCGUCAGUUCCGAUGGCCUCUGGUGAUCUUUUUCUUUCUAUCUCGCUACUGUAUCCUAUUAGCCUUCAUUGGACUCAUUAUCUCCCUGUCCGUUACAACCCAGUUUCCUUCUCAGGCCUUGUAUACAUUCAACGGGUGGGCUGGCAACAUGACUAUCUUAUGCGCUUCAACGUCCCUUAUGCUCCGCACAAUGGCUUUAUGGGAGCGCCGCAAGAGCGUUGUAAUUCCACUGUCACUUCUCUGCGCCGCGCAUUGGGGACUUCUUUAUCGCACGAUGUUCAUUGUUCAUGCAGCUUGGGAAGAGACCGCUAGCGCUUGCGUCGUAGUGCAAACCAGUCCUGGUAUACUUAACGUAACUUUCUUUUUCACCAUGGGUUUUGAUUUUGUUAUUCUUUGUUUCACAGCCGUGGCUCUGAUCUCCAAACAUACCGCCCGCACGGACCUAUGGAAGCUGCUCUUCAACGACGGUCUUGUUUACUUCUUGGUGACGUUUUCCUGUAAUUGUAUCCCUGCGGUGCUGAACAUUCUCAACUUGAACAGUAAGAUUCUAAUCUUUCUUUUGGAACGUUGA